AAACCUCUGGUCGCACACUCUAAACACAAAAAGAGAGAAAAAAAGCCAUGUCGUCUUUAUUCAGAGAUCUUCCUUCUCCUUCCUCGAUCUUCACCACCUACGCAUCACUGGCGGGUUACAUUAUGCUGAUUCGAUCCAUGUUCUUCGACAUGAUCCCUCGUCCUGUCCAAGAUUUCGUCGUCUCCACCCUCCGCUCUCUCCUCCGUUCUCAGUCAUCGAUCCUUACUCUGACCAUCGACUGCGACGCCUGGGGGAUGAACAACGAGAUCUACGACGCUGCCGAGACUUAUCUCUCGACCAAGAUAAGCCCUGAUGCCUCCACGCUUAGGAUAGCCAAAGGGCCCAAGGAUAAACACAUCAACGUGUUUCUAAGCAACGGCGAGAUCGUCACAGAUCUCUACCAAGGGAUCGAGCUGAAAUGGAGGUUCGUCACCAAUGGCGGCGACAAGAAAGCCGACAACGAAGACAGCAUCAAGGAGUAUUUUGAGUUGAGCUUCGACAAGAAACACAAGGACUUUGUCUUGAACUCUUACGUCCAGCAUGUCCUAAGCAAGGCCAAGGAGAUCGAAGACGGAAGACGGAUUCUCAAGAUGUACACUCUCAAUUCCCUCAGAUGGGAAUGCGUGAACCUCGAACACCCGUCCACGUUCGACACCAUGGCCAUGGACGACGAGCUGAAAAGGACCGUGAUCGACGAUCUUGAUCGGUUUAUAAAGAGAAGAGAGUUCUACAAAAGGGUCGGAAAAGCUUGGAAGAGAGGUUACCUGCUGUACGGACCACCUGGAACUGGGAAGUCCAGUCUGGUUGCUGCAAUGGCUAAUCAUCUCAAGUUUGAUGUCUACGAUCUGCAACUAGCCGGCGUUAUGCGUGACUCCGACCUCAGGAGACUGCUUCUCGGGACCCAUAACCGGUCCAUCCUCGUCGUUGAAGACAUAGAUUGUGCAGUGGAUCUUCCCAACAGGGUUCAUUCCAAAGAGGGGAGUAGCCGGGUGGAUGUUCAGGGACAAUUGACGUUAUCAGGGCUGCUAAAUUUCAUAGACGGGCUAUGGUCGAGCUGUGGAGACGAACGGAUAAUAAUAUUCACGACCAACCACAAGGAAAAGCUCGACCCGGCAUUGCUGCGACCAGGGAGGAUGGACAUGCACAUUUACAUGGGCCAUUGCACGUUCCAAGGGUUCAAGACCUUAGCCUCGAACUACCUGGGACUUCCCUGCAGCGACAACGGUCACUGUCUCUACGACAGGAUCCAAGGUACGAUCGAAGGAGCGAAAGUGACUCCUGCCCAGAUCGCGGAGGAGCUGAUGAAGAGCGAGGACGCCGAUUUCGCGUUGGAGAAUCUGAUCAAGUUUCUUGAGAGGAAGAGAUUGACAGGAGAGGCGGAUAAAUCAGAGAAGAUUAAAGAAGAGGAUGAAUCAAAGAUCCAAGAAAAACCUAACUGUAACUCAGUGGUUGACACGACUCCAAGAAAGAGCAGUUCAAGAAAAAUCAAGAAACUUGUUCUGUUUUGGAGUUUUAUGUGUUAAUAAAAAGCAGUGAGAAAGAUAUUUUUAUUAA